GCGAUAUCAGUGUCAUACGAGAAAUGAAUAUGCUUUCCAGUUUAAUGUUAUGCCUACGAUACUUAGAAAGGUGUUUAUUUUUUUAACAAUUAGAAGAUUUGAGCGUUGACCAAGAACAUAAUAACUGCACUGAUAAACUAUUUUAUUACGACGUAAAGAUGAGGAGAUGGAGUUGUUUAGUCCAGUCGGUAUUCAUUUUUGUUGUUGUCAGCUUUCUCCGUGAGUCGAAUGGAGAAAUUGCAUCGGGCCAGGACGGUCCGGCUACACUACUACCGCCCGUUAAACCACCGGAGCCUGAUCAUGGCCCGCAACCAUUCCCUGAUGAAAAGACUCAUUUGCCUGUUUUUACUAUGGACUACCCACGCAUUCAGUUGCCUUUCGAAAUCACUCUAUGGAUUUUACUUGCAUCUUUUGCCAAAAUUGGCUUUCAUGUGUACCACAAGAUCACCAUCUGGAUCCCAGAGUCAUGUCUUCUGAUCACCAUCGGCCUGAUCGUGGGGGGCAUCAUGCACUCAGUGCAGGAGGAACCGCCGGCCGUGCUGGAGUCUAAUGUCUUUUUCCUUUACAUGUUGCCACCCAUCGUGCUGGAGAAUGGGUACUUCAUGCCCACUCGACCCUUCUUUCAGAACGCGGGCACAGUGAUGUGGUACGCAGUGGUGGGCUCUCUGUGGAACUCCAUGGGCAUUGGCCUGUCGCUGUAUGCCAUCUGCCAGAUUCAGCCGUUUGGUGUGCAGGACAUCAACCUGCAGGAGAACCUGCUGUUUGCCACGAUAAUCUCUGCCGUGGACCCAGUGGCUGUGCUCAACGUCUUUCAGGACAUCAGUGUCAAUGAGCAGCUCUAUAUUGUCAUUUUUGGAGAGGGCCUGUUCAAUGAUGCUGUCAUUGUGGUGCUGUACAACAUGUUCAUCUUUGUGGCAGAAUUGGAUGUGGUGGAGUCAGUGGAUGUGUUCCUGGGCGUGGCCCGCUUUUUUGUGGUGGGAUUGGGUGGCGUAUUCUUUGGCUUCCUGUUUGGAAUCGGCGCAGCCUUCACCUCACGGUUCACCUCAAAAGUGCGUGAGAUUGAGCCCCUCUUCGUGCUCAUGUAUAGCUAUCUGGCCUACCUGGUGGCUGAGCUUUUCGGCAUCUCGAGCAUUAUGGCGAUAGUGGUAUGUGCCCUGACCAUGCGUCAUUACGUGGAGGCCAAUGUGUCCCAGCGUUCCUGCACCACCAUACGCCACGUCAUCAAGAUGCUGGCCUCCAUCUCAGAGACACUCAUCUUCUUCUUCCUGGGAGUGGUGACUAUAACCACUGACCACGAGUGGAACUGGGGCUACAUCCUGGCCACCCUGCUCUUCGCCUUCAUCUGGAGAGGCCUGGGUGUCUUGGUGUUGACACAGAUCAUCAAUCCAUUCCGUACCGUCCCGUUUAACUACCAGGACCAGUUUGGCUUGGCCUAUGGAGGCUUAAGAGGGGCCGUUUGCUUUGCCCUUGUCUUCCUGCUGCCUGAUACUAUUAACCGACGCAAACUCUUUGUGACUGCCUCUAUCGCCAUCAUCAUCUUCACUGUCUUCAUCCAGGGCAUCAGCAUUCGGCCCCUCAUAGAAUACCUAAUCAACAUCAGGAGAACCCAUAAACAGGAGACCAUCAAUGUUGAGAUCCAUAACAGGGUAAUGGAACACACUGUUGCUGGAGUUGAGGAUAUCUGUGGGCAAUGGAGCCAUCAUUACUGGAAGGACAAGUUCAAGAGGAUUAAUGACGGCUUCAUCCGGAAAAUUCUAAUUCGGGACAACCGUUCUGAAUCCAGCAUUGUGGCUCUGUACAAGCGCCUGGAGCUGCUAAAUGCCAUGGAGCUGCUGGACACCCAGAAUGGCGACAUUAGCGCAGCUCCGUCCAUCAUCUCAUUGAAUGAUGAGAGGAAAGCAUCAUACAAGCCAAAGAAGAAGUUCCUUGCCAGUGACCUGAAAAAUAUGCAUGAAGUUCUAAGAAAGAAUAUGUAUAAAAUUAGACAGAGGACAGUAGAGUAUACCAGCAAGCAUGCUCUGCCAGACCAUAGCAAGGCCAAAGAGAUCUUACUGCGGCGGCACUCAAGCAUCCGACGCAGCCUGAGGCCUGGAAGUUUCCGUGACCCGGCUGAGGCUAGGUCAUAUAGGUACUCAUCACUUCCUGCAGGAGCAAACCUUGAUGCUCAUUUCCCCCCAAGACCACAAGAUGACCCAAGAUCUCAGAUGGGCCGUCCGUUUGCCCGGACCAGGCUGGCGCAGUCUCUGCGCCCCUCCUCUCAUGCCAUGAGGCCCAUUAGGGAGCUGGAUACCCUGCGUGGGCUGCCCGUGGGUGAGAGCAGGGGGCAUCCUGCUAGUGUGGAUGUGCUGAAUGAGAAGAGCAGUGGCCGUUACGCCUCUCCGUCCUCCCGACCUCCCUCCAGGACCGCUAUGGUCCCGACCCCACGUAUUGGCCUCACCAGCGCUGUCCCCCGCAAUGAUCCAGAGUGGGAGACUGAGGAGGAGGUGGAGGAGGAGGAGGAGGAAGGGCAGCCUCAGUCUCCAGCACCCAGCUGGGCCGCUGACACUACACGGAGACAGAGCCCUCUCCUCAGACAGACACCCAGGGACUCUCAUGGUCCCCGUUAG